AUGGCUGGCAUUUCCCCACAGGACCUCCCGCCGGAGUUUCUGGCGGAGGACAGAAGGCCCCAGACAAUCAUUGGAAUGGCCGUUGCGACAGGCGUCGCAGGCGCAGUCGUGCUGACGCGGGUAUACGCGCGAUGGCGACACAUUCAGAAAUUUGGGCUCGACGAUGCCCUCAUCUGUGUCGCAAUGGCAAUAAACAUCGUCCUCCUCGCCGUCAUGCUCCAAGUCCUCCACCACGGCGCGGGCCGCCACCUGGCCGCUAUCGACCCCACAGCCGCACCCCCGCUGUACAAAUGGCUCGUGGCCGGCCAACUAAUCUACAUGCUCAACCUAUACAUCUGUCGACUAAGCGGGCUAGCCUUCUACGCGCGGCUCAACUCCAUGCCUCAAUACGUCUUCUACCUCCGCCUCUCCUUCGGAUUUAUAACGGCCGUGUAUAUCUGCCAGACGCUGAUCAUCGCACUGCAAUGUAUUCCGCUUUCGGCGUUGUGGAAUCCGGCGGUGGAGGGAAAGUGUAUUUCGACAAUGGUGGUGAAUUAUGUUACAGCGAGCAUGACGAUUGUUUGUGAUUCGAUUGUGCUGCUUUUGCCGAUGAAUAUUAUAUGGACGCUCAAGGCGAAACUUGCGAGGAAGGUUGCGCUGGGGGUCGUGCUUUGUUUUGGGGUUUUUGCCGUUGUAACCUCCAUCUGCCGCCUCCUCGCGAUGCUCCCCGUGGUAAACAAACCCGAAGACGCAACCUGGUACUUCUCCGUCGUCCUCGGCUGGUCGAGCGGCGAGAUCAGCGCCGCGAUCGUCGCGCUUUCCCUUCCCGCCCUCAAGGCUCUGUUCGGAUCUGCGCUGAAGAACAAGUCGUCGGCGAGUGACAACUCGAACUCGAACUCGAAUUCGAAUUCUCGCAGUCAAGCGGCGAGCGGUGGCGGUAGUGAUGUGCCGAUGGAUCGCAUGGCGAGAAAGGUGGGUAGUAGUGGGCGAGUGUAUGGGGAUCUCAAGUCGUAUUCGCAUUCUGUUCGCGGUGGACAAAGUGCCAGUGAGGAGGUGCUGUGGUUGACAAGUACAGAUGACGACGAGAGGAUUCAGGUUAAGAGGACGGUUAGAGUGAGUGUUGGGACGUAUAAGCGUGAUAAAAGUUAG